UAACCUCGAUUGUAUAUUUAUUAAUUUUAACCUUUAAUGUGUGGUUAACUAUUAGAUAACUAGCCGUAUUUUUUAUUUUUUAGGGCGGGUGUGUCCUAAAUCAGUUUGACUCUUCCUUGGGUCUUAUAAACAAAGUACAGGUGUGGCAGUGAGCAACGCCUUUGAUUUAACGUCUUUCAUUUUUUUGCAUAAAACAAACAACCUUUAGUAAAGCGUUCAAGCCAAAUCUGACCGUCCUACCUAAUGUUUUAAUAGUUUAUAUAUCAUGUAGAGGUGUUUAAUGAUGAGAUUAGGGUUAUUCUAAGUUGAGUUGAAGCAAAUAAGCUUCUCAGGUGACUUGGGUGAUUUGGACACAUUGGAGAAAGAAAAGAGAACAGAACAGAAAAGCCAUGUCAGUUGUCGUAGGACGAGUUUGGGCAUGGAUCAACCCAGGGAACUUGUAUCGGCCUUGGACCAGCAAACCCAAAAGUGAGAGAAAUCUUCCAGGUGAGGGUCAGGAGAAAAGCAGAUGGAGUCUGAGAGGGUUAACCUCUUGGGUUUGGGGUGGAUGGAGAAACCAAAGUGACCAAAAAACCCCAACGGAGGAAUACUGGGAAGCUCCAGAAGAGAUUCUUAAACCUUUAGAAGUAGAAGUUCUGAGCGCAGAAAGCCUUCUCGAGGGGCAAAAUCGUCCACGAUGGUGGAAGCGGAUAAUCGGCUCCGUGUUUCAUUUAUGGCCGUCGUCAUCCAAGGUCAGCGGAUGCAGUCAGAGGAACGAAGGGUCGUGGGAUUCUGACGCAAAAGAUGCCGAUUUUUCAGAUUACGGAACCCCGCCGCCUUCUCCCGUGCCCCUUUCUCAAAGGUCCGCUACAUUCCGGUUCUUCGCUCAGUCGUGGUCUGGAGAAAUUCUCCCAGAGCAUUAUGAGAUCUGUUUCAAUUUCCUUCGCCACCUGUUUGACCUGUUUGUAGUCGGCUUUCUUUGGACGGUCUCACCGCCUGCCAAGUUUGUCCUGGAUGUUCUGGGUGUCCAGGGUACACUGAAGCUCUGGCUCCAUGGCAUGGCCAUGUUCCUCGUGGCCUCUGUAGGAAUGGCCGGCCUGCUGUGGUUAGUUCAGGAGUACCUGCCUCAGUUCGCGCUGGUUUAUGGCAUCAUCCAGGCGCUGGUCAUUUCCGUCAGUGUGCGGCAGAGCGUGAUUUUGGGGACCGAAGAUGAAGGGGAGGAUGGGAAUGAAGAAGAGGGCAGCGAGGAAGAAACGGAAGACACUUUGGCGCAGAGUCAAAGCAGUAGCACUGCCAGCAAAAUUGUGAAUGUGUCUUGAAGACAGAAGGUCUUUGGGCUGUGAGGAGACACUACAAACGGACCACUUGAGCACAAAGUCAGUCCAUGAGCCAGACGUCGCUGAUUAAGUCGUUAUGAAGACACUACAAUCUUACCAGCAAUUUCUCAAUUAUAUCCACACGGAGUUUCAUUCCCACACAAACUGGAGAAAAUCCUAAAGCACUGCUGUUUCCAUUUAUUCCAGUUUUUGAAUGGACUUUUUUUUUUUUUUUUUUGAAGAACACGAUACUCUAAUGAUUCAUCAGCAUUUUGGAAAGUUGCCAGUGAGAUUUUUUUUUUUUGGAGAACAACAUGCACUGUAAAGGCACUUUUAACACGUACGCACGGGGAAGGAGAGACGGGGAGAGACAUGAUCCUGCUGUGAUAUUUACCACAUUAUUAAAGUUGGUUUUAACCUCCGGAGAGCUGGCAGAGAUUUGACUUGAACCUGAAGUGGCUUCGGUGUUCAUAUCCGCAGCACCAGCUCUUCUUAAAUCCUUUUUUUUUUAUUAAAUACCCCACUCUGAGCUUUACUGAAUUCAUUUACAGUAUUUAUAUUUAACGAAAUUUGUAAUUAGAGCAAUGAUCUUGUGUGUGAUUUAUAUGUGUACUUAGACAGCACAUUCAUAGUCAUGGAGGUUUUUUAUUUUAUUAUUAUUAUUCUUAUUAUUAUUAUUAUUUAGGAGUACUUGGGAACAUUUUUGUCACUAGACUUGGUCAAGAAAGUGGACUUGCUUUUGACUCUAUGGUACACACUAGCCAGGAGCUGGCUGCGUUGUUGUUGUUAUUAUUAUAUUUAAUCCAUUGCUUUCUACCCAUGAACAUUUCUACUAUUAUAUAUGACUUUAUUUAAUGUGUCUGUUUCUCACUGGGGUUUGCGUAUUGUGUAUUUGUCUGAGAUCACGCUUUUACUUUAUUCAUAUUCACUGUUUUGAAUAUUUACUACUAAUGAGUUUUGUUCUUGUAUAAUAUUUCAGACACACGUGCCUCGGUACAGACCACUAGGGUUUGUUUGUUUUAUAGCCAUGUUUCACACUAACUUCAUACUGGGAUUGUUUUAGGUGUCUCUUGCUGCUCCCUCCAUCUUUUCUAUGACUGGUAUUUCAGAGCAUGAUCAGUACUAAGGUGUUUUAAUAAAACUGAUAUCUACGA